UAAUAUGAUUUAAUUAAUAUAAUCUUGUGUUUCUAGUUGUAAAUAGUUAUUUGCUUGUAGAUGUCUAAUAAAUUGUUGAAAGUUUGGACUCUAGACGGUUCGGUAAAAGCAGCUGUGGUAUGCAGUAAUUUGGCUGAAUUUAAAAACAAAUAAUCAUUGAGUAUUGUUAUUCAUAACUUUUCUUAUAAGCGGUCAUCUCAAAUAGAAGGUGCAAACAAUUAGGUUUCUUCUACACGAAACAAUGGGCUGUUACUGCUGUUUAUGUAUAAAAAGUAUUGUUGCUUUUACAAUUAAGAACUUUUUAACACAUUUUCACUUGAGACAUAGCUUAGCUAAAUAUGAUAAAGUAGCACUUCAUUGUGGACAAGAUGGCUGUAUGAGAUAUUUUGAUAGCUUAAGCUCAUUAUCGACUCAUUUACAUAGAAAGCAUAAGCUUACUUCGACAGAUGCAAGCUCCAUGGAACAAAAAACAGUUGAUAAUGAACCAGAAAAUCUGUGUGAUGAAAUUGAAACGAGUGAGCAAUUAGAAGAGCCUGAAAAUGAUAAAGUUACCGACUUUAGGAAGAGCUAAGACAGCUACUGUUUAAAGUUUAUGCUAAGUAUGGGUGCUUAGAUAUUAUACAGGAGGGAUUUACUGAUUUAUUAGAGGGGCUAUGUCAAAUGUUUUCUGAUAAAUUAAAGAAUGUCGCAAAUAAUUUAGAUGCAGUUCAUAUAUCCACAACCAAAACUCAACUUGAAUCAGUAAUUCAAGAAAUUGACAAUGUUAAGCCAAUUUUGAAAGAAGUAGGAAACUUUGAACAGCACUUUAAAAAUCAUAUGAAAUUUGUUGAGCCGGUUGGACGUCCAAUAUCUGUUCGUUAUGAAUCCCGUUUGGAUAAGGAAACUGGCAAAAUAUGUCAAUACCCUAUUCCUAAUACAUACCAGUAUAUACCAAUUCAUCAGACAAUUAGAUUUGUUUAUAGCUAUAUGUAUGACAUCUUAAAAAAACAACAAAGUAACACAAAUAAUUUAAUAAGUGACUUUAGCGAUGCUUCUCGUUUCAAAGAAUGUCAACUGUUUAUAGAAAAUUCGGAUGCAUUACAGUUACAUUUAUAUUUCGACAAUUUUGAAACUGUUAAUCCGUUAGGCUCGAAAACAAAAAUUCACAAACUAGGUGCAGUCUAUAUGGUGAUACAGAACUUGCCAUUUAAACUCCCGUCUCAUGCAUAUUCAUCUGGUAUGUCUUUUUUAUUGUAUUGGGAGUUAUUUCCAACAAAACGAUUGACACCUAAAUAUCAUAAUUUAGUUCAUUAUCCUGCUUGUCUUCAAAAGUCUGGUCCGGCAUGUCGAUGUUGGUGUAUGCGGUUUGAGGCCAAACAUAAUCAGUUGAAAAAAUCAGCUACAAGUUUCAAAAAUGUGUGUAAAACUGUAGCUCUUAAACAACAAAUUCAUCAGUGUUUGACUUGGCAUUUAAAAAAAAAAUUUGGUGGCAGGGAUGUAAAUAGUGGUGCUGGAGAAUUAAUUUUUGUGCGAGUGUUAAAGGCAGCAUCUGCUGUAUGUGACAAAUUGUGCAUUGGCAUGUUGGAUGAAGUUUAUGUUUGUAGACAUACAAUGACUAAUGGUACGGAUUAUUUCAGUGGAGAUGUUUUAGUUGUUGGUAGACAGAUGGAUGAGUGUCUCAAAUUUAUAUUUAUUGAUGAGUUUAUUUUAAGUGAUGGUGGCAUUUAUUUUGUUUGCCAAGAACUGCACACUCAUUAUUAUGAUAGUCAUUAUCAUGCUUUUGCAGUUGAAAAUGAUGACUGUGGAAAAAGUGUAGUACUAGAGUAUGAUGAACUGUUAGACUAUUAUCCAUUAGCUUUGCAUACUGUUUCUGGCACGAGAUCAAAGUAUUCAUUUGUUGCUCUUCGUCAUGCAGUUGUAACUAGCAUCUCUAAAUAAGCAUUUCAUCUUCAAAUUUUAAUUUUUCAAUUUUGUUCAUAUCACUUUUUAUUAUUAGGCUAUGUAAAAUUUCUUUAUGUAGCUGCCCAAAAGCUUGAUUUUGAUAUCGCUUCGUUCAAAAUGGAUGAUGGUACAGAUAUCGGUGAUGAUGAAAUUGUGUAAUAUUUAAAUCCCAGUGCAAUAGUCUAUGCUUUAAAUGCUGAUGAAGCUAUCAGAAGCUUGGUAACAACAUUAUCUAUAAUACCCGGCACACCAGACAACACAUUCGAACCAUUGCAGAUUUCUACUCCAGAAACCAGCAUGACUAGCAUAACUUCAGCUGCAGAUGUGCAUCACAUGGAAGACAUGGAAGAGGAACAGCCAAGCACGAGCAAGCAAGUUGUACGUAAACGACCGAGGGAUGUGCCUGUUACUGUGAUUGCAAGUAAUAAUGUUAUCCACCAAUAGAAAAGAAAGUGCUGAUGGCAAAAAGCAUCAUAGAAGCUUUUCCUAACCAAAAAUCAAGUUUCGGCGAAGGAUAUGUACAACAAGAUUUCAAAAGUAUGACUGCUAGUCCAAGAGAAGAUCCAGCAGCAUACAUUGAAAGCAACCUCGAUCUCAAACUGCUUCGUUUUUUGAAAGCAACCUCGCUCUCAAACUGCUUCGUUAUUUGAAAGCAACCUCGCUCUCAAAGUGCUUCGUUAUUGUGUUGGCCAAGGCAAAUCCCUUGACCUAACGCAGAACUUUGAAAAUUUCACCGCAGAUGCAACAAGUCCCAAUGCGAUGCUAUGUUUGCUGGACAUGCUACCUACCAUGGGAAAGCAUCGGACAUCAGCUAAAAAUGCCCGCCAAUAUUUCAUCGACGAGAUGAAAAUCGGUGAUAGUUUGGAAGCAUACUUGGAAUCUUGCCAGCAAGAGAACAAAAGCUCGAAAGGUUUCAGCCGUACAUUUUAAAAAUGGAUGCUACUGAGGAAGCAUUCACAUUAUCUGUGAUGGUUGUGCCUUGUUAGUGAAGCCAUCGAAAGCUGCCAAUGCUCUUUCAGAUUUAUUUUCAGCGUUUUUUGUUUUUAAUGUCAGAUAUCCAUCUCAGCUUAUGUCAUUUUAUAAUUUUCUUGAGGUAUAUAUGUUUGAAAUGAAAAGCAAACUCUGCCAAAGCAACUAGUUACUUAAAGACUUGUCUGUAUCAUUAAAUUUGCUUAGUUUUUUUUAUCACAAGGAUUAAGUACGGUGUCAUAAUCACUUAAAUUUUAUGAACUUCAAAAAAUUAUUGCAAUUAGGUGAUAUGAGUCAUAAUAGGAGUAUGUUAAUGCACUCCUGGUCAUUAAUAGGCUAAUAUGGAAAAGAUGUUACAUAGCUCUUAUUGUUAACUUAGUAAAAGGUGUAAUGAUAAAUGGUGUAAUGCAGUUAGAGAACUCUAGUCAAUAUGACACCAGGUGCUAACUGUCAUUUUUUGAAUUACUGAGUAAUUCAUUUUUUGUGUUUCUUGUACACUGUUGUGUUUGAAUUCAUAGCGUGCAAUAUUAUAUAGUUCCUUUCAAUGUGCUUGUAUUUUAUACUCAGUGAAAAAUGUAAUGAUAAAGAUGUAAUGCAGCUAGACAAUAUCUAGUCAAAAUGACAAUUAGUGCUAACUGUCAUUUUUUAAAAUUACUGAGUAAUUCAUUUUUGGUGUUUCUUGUACAUUGUUGCAUUUGAAUUCAUAUCGUGCUUUCAAUGUGCUUAAUAAUUUGUUUAUUGACAUGUUUAUGCAUAUUAAGAUGAUGCAGUGUUUAGCAAUAAUGUGUUGUGUGCUUAAAGACUCGAAUAUUUUGCAAACAUGUAUAGGCAUUACACACACACCCACCUUGAAUGUGUAUGGUAUAUGAUUGUAUACUUUUACAUAAUUUCGUAUGCUCAUAAACACAUUUUCAAUUUUUUUUACCUCUUCGGAGCUAAAUGUGAAAUUGUACUAUUUUGGUUAGUUUGUGUUGAUGUAUAGCCUAUUUAAUGAAGAAUUAUUUCAAUCACACAUAGGCUAUAUGAAAUAAUAAAUAGGCUAUAUUGUAAUAUGAAUGACGAACUUAAAAAAAUAUCUAGCUAGUUCAAGUGUAACAAAUUAACUCUUAAUACUAAUAAAACAAAAUGGAUUAUUUUCCACCCGCUUCAAAAAAAACGUUACCUACCCAAAAAUCUGCCUAAAAUAUUUAUUAACCAAGUUGAGAUUAAGAGGGACUCUGUCAUAAAGUUUUUAGGAGUCUAUCUUGAUGAGCGCAUUACAUGGAAACAGCAUAUUGAUCAUGUAUAUACCAAGAUUUCUAAAAAUAUUGGAAUUUUAUAUAAAUCUAGAGAUUAUCUAAAUAAAAAAAGCUUGACCCAACUCUAUCAUUCGAUUAUCCAUAAUUAUAUAAAUUAUGCAAAUAUUGCUUGGGGAAGUGCUGGAAAGAAUAAAUUAAAACGUCUUUUUUCUUGUCAAAAACACGCAAUUCGUAUUAUUAAUUUUUCCGAUCGUUUUACUCAUUCAAAACCUUUAUUUAACGAAAUGAGAAUACUUAAUAUUU